CUUUAUUCUCCUUAUGCAUAUAUGAUUAAACAAUAUUUUCUGCAUAGGGCUCAAGGAACCGUGGGAGAUCCACGUGCCUGCCACCAUUACAGUGAUGUAGAAGUAAACUAUUACAAGCUUUAUCGUUCCUCCCCAGCAAUAAGGGAAUGGUGGCACAGGCCAUUUGGAGAUCACUGGUUUGUGAAUCAUCUUCAGUGGUAUUUUGAAUUUUUUUUAAUGUCACUUCUGUAUGAAGUGACACUUCUGUACAAAGUCACUUCUGUAUAUCUGUUCUAUUUUCCUCCCUGCCAGACAUACUUCCCUCUCUCUCAGACUUCUUUAAACUCACUCGUGAAUACAAAGAGUUUCAUGCAUUGGUUGCUGUGACUUUUUGCAGCAGGUUCUCUAUGGGAGUUAUCAACAGUACGGAGAAAACCUACAGAAUCUGAUCUUUCAACACAAUGACAAGGAUGAAUUCCCUCACUUAAAAUGUGAAAGAGCUCAUAAAAGAGCGAAACAGCAUUUCACCCUCACAAAAUUUACCGAGGGGGAGAAGUAUGUCAGGAUGGAUUAGCAGUGACGGGGAGGUCUGCUGUCCAGUGGCUUUGUUCCUUACUGCGGAACAGCUAUACCAGAUUUGAAUCAUGCUGCCUGCUAAUAUGGGUUUGCGCCUUCACCUUUGUUGAAGAAGGGAUAACAAGACAGGAUAACAACAGGGAACUGGCAUAGUCUCUGUAUACCCAAAUUCUCAGCAGCUGCAGCUGUGGCUCAUGUUAUUGCUGCAGGGUGCUUGCCUGCAAAACUUUGUUAUAUCUGAAAGUGCAGGUUCCUGUUCCCCUAUUGGCAGCACCUUUAUCCCUCUCAACAAUGAAAGGGGGGGGAAGUUGUUUUCAGAUGAGCCUCUUCCUAGUUCCAAACUGUCAGCAAUGGGGUUUUAAAGUAAAUUUAAAGGUAUUUCAUUUUCAAAAUCGUAAUUGUGUUCAUGCUGCAGAGCAGAAACCUUGGAGCAGAAACCCUGUUGUGUUUGAGUGGACACACAAGAAGUUGUUAGGCAUUUCCAUUUCCUGGAAUAGGAGCAGCAUGCGGGAAAUGCACAGUCAGCUGCUCCAAUCAGAUAAAAACCCCGUUUGACUCCAGGAAGCGUGGCAAGAAGGUGAGGAGAUGUCCUGCAGCAAACAUGUCAGGCCGUUACGGGAAUAUACUGAACGUUGACACAACUGGAGCUUCAGAGGCAACUGCAAGACCCGAAGGACUGAGCUAUGCAGGAGUUGCUGCUUCAGAGAAGAUUGCAGAAAAAGAUCUGAGGAACAUGGAGAAAUAUCGUGCCAAGAUUACAAGAGUUGGCAACAGCAAGAAUAUUGAUCCAGCUGUGAUUGCUGGUAUUAUCUCUCGAGAGUCCCAUGCUGGGACAGUGCUGGACGAUGGCUGGGGUGACUAUGGAAAUGCAUAUGGUUUAAUGCAGGUUGACAAGCGAUACCAUAAGAUUGUCGGGUCAUGGGACAGUGAAGAGCAUUUAGCACAAGGCACAGAGAUUCUACGUGGGAUGAUAGAGGAAAUCCAGAAAAAAUUCCCAAGGUGGACAAAGGAACAACAGCUCAAAGGUGGGAUUUCAGCCUAUAAUGCAGGACCUAACAACGUCCAGACCUAUAACGAAAUGGAUGUUGGCACAACACACAAUGACUACGCCAAUGAUGUGGUUGCCAGAGCCAAGCUUUUUAAGAAAAAUGGAUACUGAGAUACCUGAAUGAUGAUUAGAUUUGAGUCACUGAUUGCAUACUUAGCUUCUAAUUAAAAAAAAAAUAAUCCUAAUUUCUCCUUCAGAAAGAGUAAAAAUGGUGUAGAGCAAUGAAGCCGGAAACAAGUACAAACUUUAAAUGUUUUGGGAUUUUUUUUUUUUUUUCAGCUAAGGCUGAAGCACUUCAAAAGAGAACACUGCUGAUAAUCCAAACUGCAACCUAUCUUUUGCCAUUUAUGUUUUAUCUCACUUCACGAGAAUAGUCAAGCAGUUUUCACCUGUGCUUGCAGUUUCUCAAGCAGCAGAUUAAUGCCACAGGAAAGCUGUAACACUGCUUAAUAAGAUUUUAUCCACCUUAGGUUUUAUCUGUCAAUACACAUGUUUAGCAGCAGUCCAAAGUUGAUAACAAUCUGCAGUUUUGGAAUUGAAUAUUUGCAAUAAAUAUUGCGUAUGUCUAAUCUACCAGAAAA